UUCCGCCACUCGCUCGAUUCAGUUGCUAAACGUUUGCCGGCCUUUUUGGAUGUCGAAAAUCAUUGAUGUAACGGUAGUGUGCCGUACGGUUGCGCUCGGUCUCAGUUCGUCGUUUACGUGCGGGCGAUUUUCUUUCUACCUGCCUUUUGAUUGUGUGCAGUAAAGGUCGCGCGCUAAGGAAAAGCGGAAAUCAUCAAGCCCAGGCUUGGACUACACUGUGCAACACAGAGUAGGUAGACGCGGGUGUUUUGAAGCGCGCGUUGUGCAUUUAUUUUAUGAGAAAACAAAAAUUUUGAAAAGAUUUUCAACAUGUAUGGGCAUUUUUUUCGAUAAAGUGAAAAUGUGUAAAAUUUGACGAAAGAAACAAAAUUUUCUAUUAUUAAACUAAAGUGAAAUUGUGCGGUGUAUUAAACUCAAAACACAAAAUUAUUUAAUAAAAAAAAGUCCAACUUGACUUUUUCACAUUGAAAAGUGGCACAAAUAAAACUUUUGCGGCAAAAAUAUAUGAAAUAGUGAAAUAGAAAUCCUUGAAAUCAAUAAAAUUACACCAAAAUUAUUGAAACUUCAACAAAAAUUACAACAAACAAAUCAAAAAUAUGUUUUAAACAAAAAAAUAAAUUAAAUACAUGUGUCGCUUUGUUGCAUAGGGCAACAGCAAAACACACUUGCAACAAAUCCAAACACCAGUUAGCUGUAAUGCUAAACCGUGACACGCAUAUACAGCAUUAAAGCUUAAAUUACAACAAUAAAAAAAUAUUGCAUUGACAAAGAACAAGUGUUUUAUUAGCAGCAGCCAGUGAGCGCCUGCAGCUGGACGCCAGCCAAGUGAAAAACAAAAAAUCAAAAAAAAGUGUAUAGAAUUAUAAAUCAAAAUCGCACAAAUCAAAUAUUGAGUGGAAAAGCACAACAACAAGGCAACAAAGGAUUUGCAACAACACAUUUACAGUGCAUUUUUACAAAUUUUGAAAUAAAAUGCAACAAAGAGCCGCCGGCAAUAUGCCACAUGAGAUGGAUGGGGAGCGACAGCAGCAGCGGACAACUGUCGCCACAGUGCCAACGACGCUAAAAAUACACACAAAUGCUGCGUCAUCGUUGCUGUUGCGUGGCGCAAUGUUGUUGUUGUUGCUGCUAAUGGUCGAGAACAACGGUUUAGCUGGAUUGCAGCAUGUUGCAGCGCUUAAGGGCGAUAAUCCUCGCAUUAUCGAACACCCUAUGGAUAUGACAGUGCCCAAAAAUGAUCCCUUCACAUUUAAUUGCAAAGCCGAAGGUGAUCCAACACCAUCGAUACAAUGGUUUAAAGAUGGGCAUGAAUUGAAAACGGAUACGGGUUCACAUCGGCUUAUGUUACCAGCUGGCGGUUUGUUCUUUUUGAAGGUGAUACAUUCACGUCGUGAAAGUGACGCGGGCACGUACUGGUGUGUGGCAAAAAAUGAAUUUGGUGUGGCACGUUCGCGCAAUGCCACGCUACAAGUUGCAUUUCUACGCGACGAAUUUCGUCUCGAACCGCAAAAUACACGUGUCGCACAAGGGGAAGUAGCGCUGAUGGAGUGCGGUGCGCCGCGUGGUUCACCAGAACCGCAAAUUUCAUGGCGUAAGAAUGGACAAACAAUGAAUUUGAGCAACAACAAACGCAUACGCAUUGUGGAUGGUGGCAAUUUGGCCAUACAGGAUUCGCGACAAUCGGACGAUGGGCGUUAUCAGUGUGUGGUAAAGAAUGUGGUGGGGACACGUGAAUCGGCGACGGCUUUUCUAAAAGUGCACGUACGUCCAUUCCUCAUACGCGGACCGCAAAAUCAGACCGCCGUUGUUGGCAGUUCGGUUAUCUUUCAGUGUCGCAUUGGUGGUGAUCCAUUACCGGAUGUCCUGUGGCGACGCACCGCUUCGGGCGGAAAUAUGCCAUUACGUCGUGUGCACAUACUCGAGGAUCGUAGCCUGAAAUUGGAUGACGUUACGCUGGAAGAUAUGGGCGAGUAUAGUUGCGAGGCGGAUAAUGCGGUCGGUUCAAUUACAGCCACGGGCAUACUAACUGUACACGCACCACCCAAGUUCAUCAUACGCCCCAAAAAUCAACUCGUCGAAGUCGGUGAUGAAGUGCUCUUCGAAUGUCAGGCCAGCGGUUACCCUAUGCCCACACUCUACUGGUCAGUGGAGGGCAAUAGCUCGUUGCUCUUCCCCGGCUACAAGGACGGUCGCAUUGAGGUGACGCUAACGCCCGAGGGUCGUACGGUACUCUCGAUAUUGCGUUUCGCACGUGAAGACUCCGGCAAAGUGGUGGUUUGUAAUGCUUUGAAUGCGGUCGGCAGCGUGAGUAGUCGUACCGUUGUCACUGUGGACACACAAUUCGAAUUGCCACCGCCUAUUAUUGAGUUGGGUCCUGUCAAUCAAACGUUGCCGGUGAAAUCGAUCGUAACGCUGCCGUGUCGCACCAGCGGCACGCCAACACCGCAAGUCUCUUGGUAUUUGGAUGGCAUGCCAAUCGAUGUGAACGAGCAUGAGCGUCGCAAUCUCUCCGAGGCCGGUACACUCACAAUUGCGGAUUUGCAGCGCAAUGAAGAUGAGGGUCUGUACACGUGUGUGGCGAGCAAUCGCAAUGGCAAAUCAUCGUGGAGCGGUUAUCUACGUUUGGACACACCAACCAAUCCGAAUAUUAAAUUCUAUCGUGCGCCUGAGCUCUCAACGCAUCCAGGACCACCAGGUAAACCGCAAGUUGUGGAGAAGACCGAAGAUUCGGUGACAUUAUCAUGGACGCGCAGCAAUAAGGUGGGUGCCUCCAGUUUGGUCGGAUAUGUGGUCGAGAUGUUCGGCAAGAAUGAGACGGACGGUUGGGUGGCCGUGGGUGCGCGCAUACAGAAUACGACCUUCAUGCAGGUAGGUCUGGUGCCGGGCGUGAAUUACUUCUUUGUCAUAAGAGCGGAAAACUCACAUGGGCUAUCGUUGCCGAGUCCAAUGUCGGAGCCGAUUAAUGUGGGCAUGCGUUUCUUCAACAGCGGCUUGGAUUUGAGUGAAGCACGCGCCAGUCUGCUGUCCGGCGACGUGGUGGAACUAAUUAACGCGAGCAUCGUAGACUCGACAAGCAUGAAAUUGACGUGGCAGAUAAUCAACGGCAAAUACGUGGAAGGCUUUUACAUCUACGCGCGUCAAUUACCAAAUCCGCCAACGAGCAGCGCCACCGCUGGUACGGAUCGCAGCAGCGCGAAUGCCAAUCCAUUGCUGGCGGCACGUAGCGCCAGCUCGUACUCAGCCUCUGCAUCCGCCGACGCCGCGACGGCCGCAUUGAUUUCGGCUAAACCAAAUAUUGCCGCUGCUAGACGUGACGCGGCCGUUAAAAACGCCGCCACCACAACAACCAGCAGCACCACAUAUCGCAUGUUAACGAUAUUGAAUGGCGGUGGCGCCUCUUCCUGCACGCUGACGGGCCUGCUGCAAUAUACGCUGUAUGAAUUUUUCAUUGUACCCUUCUACAAGUCGGUUGAGGGAAAGCCAUCGAAUUCGCGUAUUGCACGUACACUUGAAGAUGUCAUCAACGAAACACCAUUUGGCAUGGAAGCUGUCUUAUUGAAUUCCUCAGCGGUAUUUUUGAAAUGGCGUGCACCAGCAAUUAAGCCACAAAAUGGCAUUUUACUAUUCUAUCACGUGAUUGUGCGUGGCAUUGAUACGGCGCACAAUUUCUCACGCAUACUAACAAAUGUGACCAUUGACUCAGCCUCACCCACAUUGGUGUUGGCCAAUCUAACGGAGGGUGUUAUGUAUACAGUUAGUGUGGCAGCGGGCAAUAAUGCUGGCAUUGGUCCCUAUUGUGCACCGGCAACACUGCGCUUGGAUCCAAUAACCAAACGACUGGAUCCGUUCAUUAAUCAACGCUACCCCAUCAAUCAGGAUCAUGUCGACGAUGUGCUCACGCAACCUUGGUUUAUUAUAUUACUCGGCGCCUUUUUGGCCAUGAUGAUGCUAUCACUCGGUGCAAUGGUGUUUAUUAAACGCAAGCACAUGAUGAUGAAACAAUCGGCAUUGAAUACAAUCAGAGGCGCCCACCCAAACGAUGUGCUGAAAAUGCCUAGUCUAUCGCGCAACGGCAACGGUUAUUGGUUGGAUGCAUCCACCGGUGGCAUGGUGUGGCGCACCUCACCCUCCGGUGACACUCUGGAUCUGCAGAAGGAUCAAAUCGCCGACUAUGCACCUGUGUGCCUGACCAAUGGCACUGUUGGCGUGAAUAGUGGUGAAAGCGGUAGUGGUGUGGGCGAACGCAAUCAGCAAAGAUAUGUCGGCGAAUACUCGAAUAUACCCACGGACUAUGCGGAAGUGUCCAGUUUCGGCAAAGCGCCCAGCGAGUAUGGCUGCGCUGGUGGCCAACGACAUGAGACGAGCUCACCAGCACCCUACGCCACAUCGGCCAUAUUGAAUGGUGGUCAACACCAGCAGCAACAGCAGCCGCGUUAUCAGCAGCGACCAGGCGAUUUCCGUAUGCAACAACAACAGCAGCAGCAACAACAAUUCCAGCAGCCACAUCAAAGACCUAUGCAUCCACACUAUCACCAUCAGCAGCAACAGCAACAACAACACCAACAGUCACAGCAUCAGCAGCAACAUUCUUUGGGCAAUAUUUAUCAGCCAAUGUCGGUGGCCAGUGAAAUAUAUCCGAGCAACUCGAGCAACCGCUCCGCCUACUCGGAGCAAUAUUACUAUGCCAAGGAAAAGAUACACAUCACUGAGAACAAGUUGAGCGGCUGUCACACCUAUGACACGGCAGGUGAGCAGCAGCAGCACCAAAAGCAACAGCAACAACAACAGCAGCAAUUGCAACUACAGCCAAUGCAGCAGCAAUUUAAUGGUGUUGGCACGCUGAGGCGUCAGCAUGGUGGCAUGGCGGGUGGCAGCGGACGUUUCAAAGUUAUUAUGCAACAACAACACCAGCAACAGCAGCAGCCUGGCAUGAACGCUGAGAAGCAGCAAGUGCAGAAAAUGAAUGCUUUGAAUAACAACAACCAUAACAAUGGCAAUGGCGGCGUGCAUGAUAACGGCACAACAGAGUUGUCGAAAAAUUUGCUGGACUUAGAUGCCGGCUCAUUCUGUUAUAACGGACUUGCGGACUCCGGCUGCGGUGGCUCGCCUUCGCCCAUGGCCAUGUUGAUGUCGCACGAUGACGAUCAGGCGUUGUAUCACAUGGCUGACGGGGACUUGGAUGGCGAUAUGGAGCGUCUCUAUGUGAAAGUCGAUGAACAGCAGCAGCAGCAACACAAACAGCAACAACAACAGCAACACUUACUGCCCUUAGCGCCCUCAAAUCAAGUGCAUCCCAGCGUGGCCAUCACAUUGAACGCCAAUAACAGCGCCAACAGUUGGCGCACAACACAAAGUAAACAGCAACAACAACCACAACAGCCUUUCGUGCGUGCCUCAUAUCGCGCUGGCAGUGGCAGCAAUAACCUAAUGAUGACCAGCAGCAGCAGCAGUGCCGCCAAGAGCAACACCAGCAGCAGCAUCGGUGGCAGCAGUUCGCUGAGCUCGUGUUCGGAAAGCGCGGAAGAAGCACGGCAACAGCAACAACAUAAGAUGUUGCAGAGUGGCGAUUGUGACUUGAUUUAUGCACCGAGUAGUGUGGCAAGCGAACGCAGUUUGUUGAGCAGCAGCGGUAGCGGUUGUGGCAGCGGUGGCAGCAUGUCGGCUCAUCCGCAAGGACCGUUGGUGUGACCGGUAACGCAAUGCGUUAGUGUGACAUGCGGCGUGAGUGGUGGCACUUGUGUUGCUGCGUCGAAAGGAAAGGGUAUGUUGGGUUACGCAGGGUUGGAGGAUGGCAACGCGUGCGAUGAGGCAGCUCAAGUGGAUUACUAUACACGCGAGGUGCAGGAGUUGUUGGCGUGGUGUGAGCGUGUGAAUAAAGGACAGUUGGAGUCAACUGAGUGAAGUGGGCGGGAAAACGUAAAGAGUGGAAUGUAUAUAGUAGGAGACAAUGAAAAGGUGGAGCGGUGGAGCGGUGUCUAUGGUGUCCGUAGGGAGAUUCCUUUAAUGUUAGUGCUAAUGAAGAUAUACUAAAAUUAUAACUAUUAAUUUUUUUUAAUGAUUGCUUAAAGUUAAAACAUAUUUUAGCUGCACCUGUUGUCGUAAAAAACUGUUUUUAGCAACAUUUUAUUUCAGCAACAUGUUGCUAGCAACAUUUAAAUUAUAGAAUUUACGCAAAACGUUUUAAAAUAUCAAAUAACUGCUUUGUAACUCUAAUUUUUAUAUUUUUGUUGCUGGCAACAUUGUUGAGCAACAUUUUUUUUGGAAAUGUUGCUAAACAUUUUUCUAAUUUUUACGAAUUUCGAUGCGCAAAAUUUGGUUUUUUUCUUUACUUUUAUAAUUUAUUAAAUUUUUUUUAGUUUAGUUAGUAUCAAAAGGGACACCUAUAGGCAACAGCUACAAUGUUGUGCAGCAUAUACAUAAUUAUUUUUCGCAACGCUUCAAAUGCGUUUAAAGACUGAAUCUAUAAUAUAACUGUAAUUAAAAUGCUGCUGAAAAUUGCUGGAUGUAAAAAAAUAUUACAGAAAAUUACUUAAAAAGAAGAUAUAAUAUUCGCCAAUGAAUAUAGCUCUAUAUUCGAGUGAAUAUUGGGGUAGUCCUAAUAAGAAGUAAAGUAAAUGCUAAAUAAUACAUAGAGGGGUAUAUAUGUAUGUUUGUAUAAACCAUGAACACUACCACUGCCAGAAAAAAACGCACAUACACACAUAUAUAUAUGGUAAUGAGUGAAUCUCAUUGCAGGCGAAACACUUGUAAGAUAGGCUGUUAUUGAUGUGAAAUAUGCAUAAAGGAAAAUGUACUAAAAAUCUAGUAAUAAAAAUACAUUUAAAAUUAUAUAAAAUAAGUUAUUAUAUAAAAAAUAUUUUUUUUUUAGAAAAACCCUCAAAGUUUUUCUAAGGUGUCAUAAGAAUAUGAAAAAACAUAUUUUCAGUAAGAAAAUACAAGAAUUUGAAAUUUAUGCGAGAAGUUGCAGCAGAAAAUAUUGUAAAAAUAAAAUGUCUUGAAAUAAAAAUAUUUAAUAUUAAAAUAAGCAAUUAAAAGUUUGUGGGUGUUUUUUUGUACAUAGAAAAUCAUAUGAUUUAUGAAAAAGUAUAUAAAAUUAAUUGUAUGAUAUAAAGGUAUAUGUCUGAUACAUAUUUCGAGCGAGAUUUUGAGCACGAAUUCUUGGCUGUUAGCACGUAGGAACCACUACUCGAUGCAAAAUGAAAAAAUAAAUAAAUAAAUAAUUUAAGAAUUUGCACAUGUACUUGUAGUAUAUUUUAUUUUAUAAUGUAAAGUUUGAAAUAUUAAAAAACAAAUAAUUUUUAUCGCAUGCGAGAAUUUUUUUAAAACUUACUUCAUUUAAAAUUAUUAUUUUAAAAAACCCUAUUUUUAUUUUAAAUAAAUUUAUUAAAAAUAUUAAUUUUCGAAAUUUAUAUCAUGCGACAGUUUUAAAUAUAAUUAUUGCAUGCGAGAAAUUUUCAAAAAUAUAACUUUUUCAAUAAAUUAAUCUAAAAAAUUAAAACUGAAAAUAAAAUCUUAUUUAAAUAUAAAAAAAAAAAAUAUUUAUUUUUAAAAAAAAGCCUACGCUACGAUACCUUUUUUCUAAUCUAUACCGCAUGCGAGAAAUUUUCAAUUACAAAAAUUCUUUUCACUUUCGCUAAACACACAACAGUUGAAGAAAAAUGCAUGUACAUAACUGUAUAGGUUAAAAAUUGCUUAUUUUAUAUACAUAUCUACCGAUGUAUAUACAUAUAUACGAAGAAUGCUAAUGCUACUUAAAUAUAAAAUUAAAACAGUUAAAAAAUAUGUUUAUGUGUGUAAAUGUGUAAUAAUAGCAAUAUUAUAUAAUAUUAAAUUAACAAAAAACUAAAUUUAAAUGAAAAUAAUGUAAAUUUUUAACUCAAAACAAAUGCCACAACUGAGCACAAAAACAUUUAAAAUGCCGUUAUAUGUGUAUAGAAGGUAUAAAUAUCUAAAAAAUAUAUAUUAUAUUGCCACUGAAAGCAUAAUGGCUGGUCUACAACUAAUAUAUAAUUUUACAAUAAAAUUAAUUUUUUAUAAGUUUCUUAGUAUUAGUUUGUAAACAUUUGAGCUAAUUGCUGUGUGACUGUAAAUUAUUCGCUUUAUUAUUAUAAUUACCAAUAUUUUUACAAUAUAGUACUUCCGUUUAAUUACCAACAUUUGUAUGUAUACAUAUAUACCGUUAUAUAAUUUACGCUUACAAGCAGAGCGCAAUAUUUGUAAUAAGUACCUUUACGCUUAGACUAAGCAUUGGCAUUGGCAUUAACACACAUACACACAAGCAACAACAAACACAUAUACAUA